UUUUCUGAUUUGGAGAGCCUGAGCUGCCGACGAACAAUUUGACGCUUAUAUCUAGGUCAAGAAGACUGAAGAUGCAAGUACAUCGAUAAGAUCGCCGAAGACGACAGCUAACAUCAUUCUGAGAGUUGAUGGGUAGGGAACUUUGGGCAGGGAUAUAGUAGUACAAUUCCUGGUGGUGUUCUUGGGGAGAGCUGGUAUCUGCAGCGCGACGAUACAUCGCAUUCCAACGAUUAGAUCGCCAUGAACCCUUGCACCACAUCACAUUUGGUACUACCAACGGAAGUAAGCACACGACACAAACAAAUCUUGCGCUAUAGAAAGCAGCAAAGGUGUCUCGAAAAAUAUAUUUUGAAGCUUGAAAAUUACCCAACACGAAACAGUUGCCUUUCUUGUCGAGACAUGAAAAUACUUGUUGCUGGCGGAGCAGGAUUCCUGGGAUCCAAUCUUGUUAAUCAUCUCCUCAAGGAAGGCCACGAUGUGGUGCUUCUCGAUUCAUUCAUCGUUGGUCUCGAGAGCAGUAUCAAUCAUCUGGUUGACUUACCCAACUUGACUGUUCUUCGCCACGAUAUAACAAAGCCGCUCAAGGACCUUCGCGUGGACCAGAUCUAUCACUUGGCAUGCCCAGCAAGUCCCAAACAUUACCAGCGCGAUCCUAUAAAGACGCUUCAGACAUGCUAUAUUGGGACAGAAAACAUGCUGAAAUGUGCCUUGCGGUGCAACGCACGAAUGCUGUUUUCAAGCACGUCAGAGAUCUAUGGAGAUUCUCUCGUCUCCCCGCAACCCGAAUCGUACUUUGGAAAUGUCAAUUCCUACGGCCCAAGAUCCUGUUACGAUGAAGGCAAGCGUGUCGCCGAGUCUUUAUGUUAUGCGUACCAGCACAUGUACAAACUCGAUGUCCGUAUUGCUCGAAUAUUCAACGCCUACGGCCCAGGGAUGCCGGCUUCGGAUGGUAGAGUGGUUUCGAACUUCAUCGCAGCUGCUAUUAAUGGCCAGCCUCUGAACAUAACGGGUGAUGGCUCAGCAGUUCGAUGCUUCCAGUACGUUACGGACUGUAUUUCUGGACUAACGAAACUCAUGGCGAGUGAUUAUUCGCAGCCAAUCAACAUUGGGAAUGAUCGUCUUUGUCGGGUUGAUGAACUUGCUCAUGUUGUGAUGGAGGUGGCUACGAAGAAUGGUAUUCUGGGACUCGACAAACGUAUCACUUACUCGGAAAGACCGGUUGAUGACCCAGAUCACCGACAACCUGAUAUCAGGCUGGCUAGAGAAGUGUUAGGCUGGUCACCUGUCGUUAGCCUCGAGGACGGCAUACAGAAGACUUUUGAAUGGCUCCUCUCCAUUCAGGGAACCUCUUUGAGAGGCAAGGUUGCCAAGACAGGAGCAGGACUCGUGUCUCUGCCAUCGUAAGCUUCCAGCUCACUCGUCCGCUGAGAGGCUAUUCCCAAGUAGUGCUGUUGUUCUUGGUAUAGAAGCCGAAUAGUCAAGGUUGUGGGGGGCAACAUGGUAAUUCUCAUCAUUUGAUACAGGAAAUAACAUUUGCAAACUUCUUUUCUAUUGAUUUCUUGUCCGUCAAGUGAGUCCUCAUCCAGAUGAGUCUGUUGAGACUCGAUGAACACUUCCAUACGAGCAUUUGAC